AUGACGGAGGAGCUGCGGCCCGUUCCCCGGGAGCGGGCUAUCCUGGAGAGCUUCUUCACGCAGCUCGGCAUGUUUUCUUUUGACCGGGCCAAGGACUACGUGGAGAAGGAGAAGGACAACAGCAAAAGCGCCGGGGCCACCUGGGCCGCUCUGUUAGCUGCUCUGGCUCACCUGGCCGUCGCGGAGAAGGCCUAUCACAACAUGACGUUCCUCGGACAGAAAAUGGGUGGUCAGUCUUUCUUCAGCCGCAAGGACUCCAUCCGCACUAUCUACACCUCCCUGUACAACGAGCUCAGGAAAGUGGUGAUGAUGGGGCGGCACAGCCAGCCAGGCUCCGCCUCCUUCCUGGAGGACUUGCUGUCGCACCUGUCGGAGCAGCUCUGUCACUUCACCCAGGCCCGCAUGGAGAUGGCGGAUCUGUACGAGAAGAUGCACUCACUGGGCAGCCAGAAGAGCAUCAACUCAGACGAGCUGGUCACCACGCUGGAGGCAGUCCUGCAUGAAUACAGUUCCAAGUUCCACCACCCCAUCCUGGGCCGUGUGGAGGAGGGCUUCCAGACUGAGGUGGAUGUGGUGACCCAGUUACUGCGGUGCCAGGCUCAGGUGUCUGAAUGGCAUUUUCUGCCUGCUCUGCUCAGCUUGCAUGGCGCCAACUCCAAGCUCACUGCAUGGGGUCAGCUCUUCCAGAGGCAGAAGGAGACCCGCAAGCAUCUGUUUGGAGGUCAGACCCAGAAGGCGGUGCAGCCACCGCAUCUGUAUAUGUGGUUGCAGCGCUUCCAGGCGGCACUCCUCGCCAAGUUCAGCUUCUACUUCCAUGAAGCCCUGAGCCGGCAGACAGGGCCAGGUGACAUGAAAGCCCUGACUGCCCGCACCACGCCAGACUACCACGGCAAGAUCUGCUCAUUCAUCCGCAAACAUGAUGCCAGCAACGUGUCUCUAGUGUUUGACAACCGUGGCUCUGAGAGCUUCCAGGGCCACGGCUACCACCACCCACACUCGUACCGAGAAGCACCGAAGGGGGUGGAGCAGUUCCCUGCCGUGGUGUCCCUGCCGUCAGGAGAGCGGCCGCUCACACACUGGCCUAACGUCAUCAUGAUGAUGGGGGACCAUGCUGCCGAGCUCAACACUCUGGACAAGGUGGUGCACUUCUACGACGAUAAGGUCCAGAGCACCUACUACCUGACACGGCCUGAGCCACACUUCACUUUGGUGGUCAUCUUUGAUGGCAGGAAGUCAGAGAAGGAUCUGCACAUCGCCGGCUUCCUGCAGGAGAUCUCAGGCUCAUUGCGAAACUCCAAACCCUUCAGUACUCUCAAACCCGGGUCAAAGGGCUGAGCUACAGCUGAACCACACACACACACACAGGUGCACACCAGGUGUUCUGAUGGGAAAGGAUGAAGAACCUCUACUCUUGUGGAACCCGUUAGCUCAGAUACUGGUUUCUCAGUUUGCCAAAAACGUUCCAGACCAAAGAUGUGAACCAUGUCCACUACUCUGUGAAUCUAGUUUCCUCUUAGGCUGUGACAGUCCUGUGAGCAGUAUGCUGCUAGCGCUGAAAGCCUGCUUAUUGAAAGUUGGCUAAGGAUUUUAAUUAUAUUACAAUCAAUCACUGUUUAAAUACACUUACUGUUUAUUUGUAAUUUCAUAUAUUUAGUGUGCUUGAUACAGUUUGAAGUUUUAAGAUGAUUGCACAUCUGGCCUCCUUUCCUUAACCUGAAAUAUUGCUUGAUUGAUUAUAAAAUUUAAUUAGCAGCUUUGAUUAAAGCAGAGACUGCAUACACUGUACACACAGUAUUUAUAUAGUGAUGCUCUUGCAUUGUUUGUCCACCAGGGGGUGCUGACAGGUUUAGUUUUAUUUUAUGGUGGUCACAAGUUUAAAGAGAUUCAAUAGUUCAAUUUGUUUACUGUUGUCCACAAACUGCAUUUGAAUGGUGAUGCUUUCACUUGCUGACAUAAAAACUGGCUUGCCCGAAUUCGAAUCAGCUUUCAUGGGGGUGUGAUGAAAACUUUAGGAAUCUGCUGAUUAACAGAACACAGCUGGAGGUUUGAGUGUUGGAGCAAAACAAUGUGGCAUUUUUUUUAAAGAACGGUUCAGUCUGUUAAUGACUUGAAUGCUAAUUUAUUCAGGAUUAUUUAUAAUAUAAAUACAACACACUGAUACAAUCCAUUUGGCUAUAUGAGCUCAUCUGUAGGAAGCUCAGGUUUCAAAUACAGCAACACUAACAGACAAAAACCAUUUCCUUUAUUAUCAAACACAUUCAAGGAACCGCCCUUUGAGUUAAAACGCACCAAUGUGUCAUGAUGCUACAUGCCAAGUACACAAUCCUAUACAUCAAAGUGCAAUGUCACAAUGAGUUAAUGCUAGAAUUCAUAAUUCAGGAAUCUACUAAACACUUUAUGAUUAUUUCAUUCAGAGUGCUGCUGCUCUUCGUUCAGGACAUGCGUGAGUGGAUUCACACCCCCCCCCCAAAAAUACAAGGAUUAAAAAAAAGGCACUUU